CUGCCUCCGGAGCUUUGGCUGGAGAUCUUCCGGUGUGCCACUCAUGUACCUCGAACCCGCUCCAUCGCCACGGGCGACCCUUUCGUGCCGGAGCGUCCGGUUGACUACGUGUGGGGGAUGAACUCGCCUAUUCAGUCUAUGCGCACGAAAUGCAUGCUCGUCCGAGUGUGUCGGGCUUGGAGGGCGAUAGCGACCGAGCUGCUGUACGAGCAUGUCGUCCUCAGCAGCCCCCGACGCCUCGAUGCGUUCUACAGGACGGUGUUGGAGAGCCGCAAGGAGUUCAGGGAAAAGGAGAACGGGGAUGCCGAGGUCGUAGAUGGACUUGGCCAUGGGCAGUGGGUCCGCCACAUCGAGGUUCAACGGUGGUUGAGGGCACGGGCCGGUCAUGCUCUGUCAUAUUGGCAGACCAUCGUGCGCGCCGUCUCCUUUUGCCCCCGCAUUCGUGUGUUCAGCGGCCUUUGGCAAGAGCCGCUCCCCGACGGCUUUCUGCCCGUGCUCGCUCGAUACCUUCCGCCGACGCUCGAGGAGAUCUAUUGGCAGCAGGACAGCGUCUUGAUCGCGGUGAAGGAGCUCCCCAUCCUCACCACGUCGGCGCUCGUCAGCUUCCCAGCAAUUCGGGUCCUCGACCUCCGGAAGAUCUGCAUACUGGAUGCGGAACGUAGUCUCCAACACGUCACCUUCGCAACCAUGUUUCUGCACAACGUAAGCUAUCUGGCACUUCCGACUUGCCCGCUCCUGCUGCGCUACGCGAGCAAGCAGGUGAUGCCGGCGCUCCGCCACCUCGUGCUCGACGCUGCCGGCGCCCCGCGGACGGUGUACGCGCCGCUCGCGACUAAGGAGCUCGCGAACUUCCUGGAGAAGCACGGACAGCAGCUGCAGACCGUCGAGCUUCUCCCCUCGAACACCCAGUCGCUCCGCCCGGGCCCGCUCAGCAUCUCGGCGUUCCUCGCCCCGAACGCCUGCCCCAACCUCGACACGCUCCCCGGGCCGCCCGUCGUGAACCUGGCGUACCACCACGCGGGCUCGCCGUCGCUCCCGCUCCUCGACGCGCCGCACCCGUCGCUGCGGAGGGUGGGGAUCCGGGGCGUGGGGAUCAGCAAGUUGUACCCGAACAAGCCAGUGCAGGCGCAGGCGCACCUCGAGGCGCUCGUGGCGUACCGCGCGCUGUUUCCGGCGCUCGAGGUCGUGCGGACGCUCGGGUUCUUGGUCGGGACGUCGACGGACAUCUUCGCGCCGGACGUGUUCAUCUGGUGGACGGAGAAGUUCGAGCGGGUCGGGGUGGAUCUGCAGGACGGCGAGGGCGUGGUGUGGAUGCUGGAGGAC